UCGUCUCUUUUAUAUUUUUCUUCAACUCCCUGGAUUUGUUCUUCUCCUUUUAUCGAAAACCCUAAUUUCAACUCAGCCGUUUCUUUCUUUCUUCUUCUUCUAUAUCUUUCACAACACCUAACAUCAAGACAUCAUUUGAUAUAUCAUCAGUGUGAAUGUAGUUGGGGUGAUCAUAUCGUCGGUUUAGAGAAUUUUCCAUCAUUUGGGUGUCUAGGGUUUGAUUACCGAGGAAUAAUGGAGGCUAAUAUUUGUGACAUCAACCACUUGGAUGCUGAUGUCCUUUUGCCUCCCCGAAAGCGUCUUCUUGCUGGAUUCAAGAAACAGAGUUCUGAUGCCAAUGGAAAUGGUGAUGGUGAUGGUGAUGGCGCUUCACCUCCACCAGCAGUGGCUUCUUCUUCAUCUCCUCCUUAUAAUCCUUAUUCAAGUGAAUAUUCAAGUGAAUUUUCAAUUGAAUUUAAUGCCCGUCUUAACAAUUUAUUGAAUUCGACAAUGAAUAAUUCAACUUUUUCACAUGAGGAGGUUGCAGAGUUGGCUCAAUCUGCAGCUAUCACUGCGAUUGAGGCUGCAAAGGAUGCAAGAGCUGCUGCCGAGGAGAAGGCUGCUGUUGCCACAAAAGCGAUUACUGCUGCUAAGAGUGCUUUAGACUUGGUUGCUUCUUUUAACGAAGAGAUGGCUUCCAAGGAGAGAUGCUUGAAAAAGAAUAAGUUUAAGAAGCAUGUUCCUGUUCAGCUUUUGUACAAAAAGCAUCAAUCCAUUGAGAAUAAUAAGAGUGAUGAAGAACUAGCCCGAAGGUUGCAUCGAGUUAUGAACAGCUCUCCCAGAAUCUCAAAGAACUUUUCAAGUUCUGAUUUGAAAGGUCAUAAACAUAAGAGGCCUAAAAACUUGCACACCUCUGAGAAAGUUAGGGUUCCCAAUGGGCUUUUGAUCUUGAGAGGAAAUCCAGCUUGUGCAUCCAGUGGACAUGCUGUAGAAGGCAAGUUGGACUCUGAAAAUCAGGUCUCCACUCGGGAGGCAUACACAGUUAGAGCAGACGAAAAGGCUUCUAAAUAUGAAAAAUCUGGCCAAGUAGAGAGGGACAGUGGGAUAGCGGAAUCAAGUCACUUAAAGGAGAAAAAUUUGGAAGACACAAAUUCUCCUGGUAAAAAGAGGGGAAGGCUCAAGUUAAAAAAGUUGCCCUUAAGCAUUUGCAACUACAGGGACAGAGUAAAUCCUAAAGAGGAACUGAUUAGUAGAGCUUCUCCGCUGGCUGAUAAGAACAUGGGUAAUCCACCCCCUGGUAACAUGCCUUUGUUUUCUCUGGAGCCUUCUUCCGACGGUGUGAUGCCAAUCGAACCUACACCAACAUGGAAAUGCCAGGAGUUCAAGGCACCUGCAUGCGUCAAACAAAACAAAGUCGUGCAAUCAUAAUGUUUAAAUCUUGUUGUGGAGACAGGUGACUACCAUGAUAGAAGUUGUUAGCUGAGGUAGGAUUUGUGAUGCUCUUUUUAUAGAAACGGCUUCUUUUGAUUUGAUCUUUUUGCUCAUCUCUGGCUUUGUAAGGAAGUUGAAUUGCCCUGUAUAUGUUUAAUGUUUAAAUGCUUGCUUUUACCUUUUACA